UGUGUAACAAUGGGUGACCUGUGCCAGGGUGGGCCAUCACCUUGAAACAGGGGACACCAUAAACAGAGCCACAUGUAGCAAGGAACGAGGGGGAGACCGCAGGGGAAGGAGCCUGUCAGUCAGCAGCCAUGGCAGAGCUCACCCUGGGCCAGAUAUUGGAUUCGGCCAUCGGGAUGCCCAAGACUGAUCCCAUCAACUUCGAGCAACUGCGCAACCUGCUGAACGGGAUGCUUGUGAACCUGGGCCUGCGGGAUCUGGUCGUCCAGGAGAGCGGGGAACCCCCGGAGGGGACCCCGACAAUCCCCCCAGCUGCCUCCAUGGCUGCUGACCUUGAGGAGUUAAAGCAGAAAACGGAAGCCAAUGAAAGAGAAAUCGCUGAGGUCAGGGCUCUUUGCGAGCAGCUCCGUGUGGAGAUCAACGAGGUGAAGGAGCAGCAGUCCCACAUGGAGGAGAACAUGCAGAAGAUGCAGGAGAUUCUGGACACGGCAAACUUGGAGGAUAUGGCAGAGAACCUCCACAACGAGCUGACAGACCCUGUCAUGGACACUGUCACGUCUUCCAUGAAGGACAUUAUGGGCGAGGACGGACAGGUCCCCCCAGACUGGCAGCAGGUCCCCCCAGACUGGCAGCAGGUCCCCCCGGACUGGCAGCAGGGGCCUGGCACGCGCUCACACCCCUGGGAGGACCAGGGGCUGAUCGUCAUUGGCAAUGAAAUUGUCCUCACGGACAGGUUCAGGGCAUCCUCACCAAGACAGCGGGAUCCCCGGACCCCCAGCCCUGCGCCCUCAAAAGCCACAGACGGGGCACAGAGCAGAGGGAAGGAUUUGCCACCUGGGGUCACGAGCAGCCCCCGAGUCUCCUUCAUGACAAGUGACAUGGGAUGGAACGACAUGGGACGGAACAGCAUGGGGCCGAUCAAGGAUGAAGAGAUCCAGAUGGGCAUCUCCAAGGGAGCAGCUCUUCCCGGCCCCAAGGCAUGGAGCAAAGGGAAGAACUUGCCCCAUGGGGCUGUGAGCAGCCCCCGAGUGUCCUUCAUGGAAAGCAAUACGGGAUGGAAUGACACGGGACAGAUCCAGGAUGAAGAGAUCAAGAUGGGCAUCUCCAAGGGAGCGGCUGUUCGAAGCUCAAGGGCAUGGAGCAGAGGGAAGAACUUGCUGCAUGGGGUCACGAGCAGCCCCCGAGUGUCCUUCGUGGAAAGUGACGUGGGAUGGGAUGACGUGGAUCAGAGCGGGGAUGAUGAGGAGACCAAGAUAAGCAUCUCAAAGGCAGAGGCUCUUCCCAGCCUCCUGCAUGUUCCCCCUGAGAUGAAGGACGUGAAACAUAUCAAGGACGAAGAGAUCAAGAUGAGAAUCUCCAAGGCAGAGUCUCUUCCCAGGCCGCUGGGUUCUCCCCCUGAGAUGAGCGACAUGGAGCGGAUCAAGGACGAAGAAGUUGAGAUGAGCUUCUCUAAGACAAAGAGUUUGGAUGGCAGUGUCACUGCCCCGAGAGUGCAUCCAGGAUCCCCUGGCAUCCACGCCCCCAUCCCAACGAAGGCAGCACGAGGCCACCCAGCAUCACAGAGCCUCUGGAUGCCAGCUGAGAGUGUGGCUGGGACUGACAGGUGA